CGUCACUGUUUAUAAGCGAGCGUCACAGGUGCAGAAAAUCAAGCAGACUCGCUGAUCAACUGAGACUAGCAAAGGAAAUUUAUAUCUAAAUUAGACGCUGCGUCUCGAUUAUUAGCUCGACCUGAUUCGACCAAUUGAGAUCCUAUCACCGGGUAAUCCGCGUAUUCGCAAGCCCAGGGGUUUCGGAGCCUCGAUUUCAUGCCCUAAGGGCCACGAUGAAUUUGUCGACUGGGAUUACUAUUUGCUCUGCUUCAAAAUGCAACUGCUUUUCGUUUUUUGGUGGAAAGAGAUACCUGUAAGGGUGAGAACUCAAUGUCCAGAGUGCACUGGCCAAUAUAUAAAAACAGUCGACACUACAACAGGGGAGUGCAUCAGUUGUUUCCCUUGUCCACAGUGUGACGGUGAUUAUACUUCAUCAGUCUCUUGUGGAACAACUGUUCCUUUUGGUACAGAGAUAAAAUGUGUAAUUCAAUCAGACCCUGUGGUUCUUCCUAAGGCUAGCACGCAAACACCAGCCACAAGCAUUCAUCCCACUACUAGUUCCAGUGCUCCUACCAGAUCGAGUAUUAAAGGAACUGACAGAUCAGAUACCACAAAGAAGCAGGAGACUGAAAAAGAACUUGCAUCAGCAGGAUGGGAGAAAUACUCAAGUAUCUAUAUAUUUGGUGGAAUAUUUCUUGCAGUUGCACUGGUAGCUGUCUUGUACAGGAUUAGCAGAAAGAGCAGAAAACAAGUACCACUACAACCAGAUGAUCCUGUCAGGCCUGAUUCUUCCUCACCAACACCGUCAGAUGCUCUUCCUCAAGACAAUGAAACUUGCAGCAUCAAUUACGCAACAAAUGCUGUUGAAUUUAGACGUCUCAAUGGUCGUACAUGUGAGAUAGGAGAUAGCAAUCAGAGAUCCCAGUGUUUUGCAGCACAAGGUUCUUCAGAAGGAAAUACCAAACCCUCAGAUCUUGUUGCAGCUCCAGAGUCCUGCAAGUUGUUACUUGGCUUCAAGUGUAACCAACCUUUUUAAGCAUUGUUCUGUUCCCGCCACCGACGGAUACUGCACCUCGAGGAAGUCUCUGGGUUCAGCAACGAAGUUCUACGUCUCUUGUUAGCGCAGAACAACUUGCAGAUCACAGGUUCGCGCGAACAGAUGAUCGAGCGGCUUGGUUCGAUCUCUCCUUCGAAUUCCUCAGCCACACGCAUGAGAAACGCUGACAUCUCUGCAUCGGCCGCCAAACGUCUUUCCCAAACCGCCAAGAACCCGGUGGAAGUGACGUUCAUGAUGAGCCCUCUAUGCCGGAGGAUGAGUUACCCGGUGACAUAACAGCCGAACAAAACGGCAACAAUCAGGACAAUGUCUGAGAUGGCGACCGCAACGAGGCCCCUCCCGCGAACCCUGCACUCAAUCCCGCACAUCUGGCUACGCUGAUCGGCGACAUUGUUGAUCAAAAGCUGAAGAACUUCAGCCAGCCCUGCAAAGUGCCUCGUCGCUUCCAGCAGCACCUCCAGCAUCCGCUUCGACACCUUAGCCCUCAACAUCUCAACAACUUGCAGACCCAACCUUUGUGGCGAGUCUACUUUUACAGCCGUCUUUGUCUGCAAGCGCCGACCUUCCUCUACCUUAGACAACAUCAUCAUCUUCUCUUGCUGACCACGUUUCAACAAAGACUAAGCAAGCUAUUAUACGUGGUGAGUACGUUGAGUUUGAUUUACUGCUGCCAGAAAACUCGUCCCUUGUAACCGAUAACGAGCUUGCCGAGUUAUCCAUAUCUGUUGGCAGGAAACAGGUAGAUCUCCCUAACCCCCGCAAGAAGAAAACGCAUGUAGAUUCUAUCAAUAAAUGGUUGUCUGCCUUUGCCAUGUACUGUACAAUUUUGCUCACCUCCUUCCCCCGGAGGGCAGUUGAGAUGUUCGCCUUCCAGGAGAUCAU